ACUCUAUUAUUAAUAUUUUUCGUUUUUCUGAAGAUUUCUUCGUUAACUUAUAACAACAAACCGAUUCCCUAUUUUGGUGGACGAACAAGUCUUUCAAAAUAAUAGCACUAUCACGUGAAUGAAUAGUGAUGGGCGGAGUCGCGAGGCAUCUCGGCCAAUCAGCGCCUAUGUUUGGCCUUCUACUAUUCGACGAACAAUAGCGGCGCUGCAGUAACAGCAAGUAGUACUUAGGUCUCCUCUGAGUGACGUGAGCUACGUCAACGUUACCGAGGCCGAGGCAUGUCCUCCGAGUAGAACCGUGAAUAUAACUCAGCACCCACAUUGUGGUGAAGGGUCACUCUGCUUAAAAAGGAGGAGAUGUUAAAGAACCGUCGCUGCAGCACCGUCCUGCAUCGUUUCCAAACCUGUUAGCCUUGGCAGCUAACGAACGCUAAACAAGUCAGCCAUCACUGACCUCCACUACACUGCAUGAGGAAUAUUGGCUGCUGGUCGAACGUUUUGGACGUUUGCAUCCCGCGUUCAUCUUCUUCACCGUCUAGUGUUUUUCCUGGGUGGCGUGUCCUGUGGACGGUCCACGAAUAUGAUCCACAAUGAGUCAAAGAGACACUUUAGUUCAUCUGUUUGCUGGAGGAUGUGGGGGCACAGUUGGAGCCAUAUUGACCUGUCCACUAGAGGUGGUGAAGACCAGACUGCAGUCAUCCUCCAUCACCCUCUAUGUGUCUGAGGUUCAGCUCAGUGCUGUCAACGGAGCCAGUGUGGCCCGCGUGACACCUCCAGGUCCUCUGCACUGUCUGAAAUUGAUAUUGCGUAAAGAAGGAUAUCGCUCACUCUUCAGGGGCUUGGGUCCAAACAUAGUGGGCGUGGCACCUUCCAGAGCGAUCUACUUUGCUGCUUACUCUGCGGCCAAAGAGAACCUGAAUGGUGUAUUGGAACCUGACUCCACACAGGUACACAUGGUGUCGGCUGGAACAGCAGGUUUUACGGCCAUCACUGCAACUAAUCCUAUAUGGCUCAUAAAGACUCGACUGCAGCUGGAUGCAAGGAACCGUGGCGAGCGCCGGAUGAAUGCAUUUGAGUGCAUGCGGCGGGUUUAUCAGACGGACGGCCUGAGAGGCUUCUACAGAGGGAUGUCCGCUUCAUAUGCCGGCAUCUCAGAGACUGUGAUCCAUUUUGUGAUCUAUGAACACAUUAAAAGGCGUAUUUUGGAGGCCAGAGCUCCGCAGAACGUGGAGGAGGAUGAGGCGGCGUCCAGAGAUCCCCUGGACUUUAUUGGGAUGAUGAUGGCUGCCGCCACCUCCAAAUCCUGUGCCACCACCAUCGCUUAUCCUCAUGAAGUCAUUCGUACCAGGCUACGUGAAGAAGGCACCAAGUAUCGUUCAUUCUUUCAGACUCUAAUGAUGGUGCCCAAAGAGGAGGGCUACCGUGCCCUGUACCGCGGGCUCACCACCCACCUAGUACGACAGAUCCCUAACACCGCCAUCACGAUGUGCACCUAUGAAUUUGUGGUCUACUUUCUCAACGGUUAAGGCCCGCUCUGCCUUCAGACAGUUUGUGUACCCCAGCCCCUGCUUGAAGGAGGAGGAAAAGCAACUGCUCAACCAGCUCGUCCCGACAGCCAGGUCAGGCGAGGUCCUGGCAGCAUCAUCACCACCACCAUUGUCAUUGCUGAAACAAUGGCAGUUUAAAGAAAGAUAAGCAGUUUGUGUUGAGGGCAAAGCUCUGGCAACAGAAGGAUUCAUGAGGUUCCUGCAGCUGUGUGGGAAUCUGGGUUUCUGUCCAAGUGGGUUUUCAUUCUGUUCCUUUUGACUUUUGGUCCAAGCUGAGGCUCUGACCUAAAGAAAGAGUCCCAGCAUAUUCCACCUGCAGUAAGAAAUAAAAACAUGCAGUCCUAUCUCCCAAAUGCAAGAAGAAGAAGAAUCCAGAAUUUAUUGACAUGCUGUUGAUCAUGGUUAUUUUUAACAGUAUUCUGUUUUGUUUUUUUUCAUCAAAAUCGGUACGUCGGCUUGUUGAGACGAAAGGGUAGCAGAGAAGAGAAAGUAAAUGAAAAGCUGUUGGUAGUGUCUCAAAAGAAGGGGCGGAGCUCUGGUUCUCGAAUCACUUCAUCAUAUUUACUGAUGAAAUGCUACCAGCCUGGGUUUUUGAUUCAUCUCUUUCUGGGGUCUGGUGAGUACUGCAGCACUGACGACCGACGCUGUCUGCUCUCAGAGUCCCCUGGUCAAAGUCUCACCAUCGUGGUGUCAGACAGAUCACACUAAUUCACUGGUACUGUUCUGCCAACUUUGGCAUAAUUUGACAACAUGCUUGGCGUCGAGCGUAACUGCACCACACACAGUGAGUAGACACACAUGAAGUGUCUGGGUUUGACCCAAUAGUUUGAGAUGAGAAGCUCGAGCUGAUGUUGAAAUAUAAAUUAAAAGAGAAAAAAAAUCCUACACUAAUCUAAAAACUUAAAGUACCACAGCAAUGCUUCCCUGCCAUACAGGCCGUAAGGGGAUCGAACCUAUAACACGUCUGCAACACAGUAUGAUCAUUUGUUAACUGGAGUUAAAAACAAUGUAUUUAUGUUAUGGACAAAUUUAUUUGAUGUGUAUUAGGCAGAAACAGUGGACACUGAGUUGAAAGAUUUUUUUUUUUACUAUUGGUGUUGACCUCAGGCUGCAGUAAAUGCUCUGUGUCAAUGAGUGAAAUAAGUUGACCAUUAAAAACUCCCCAUGUCUGUAUGUGUGACGCGGUUGUGCGGAGAGCCGCCAUUGACAAAGUAAACACAACAACUGACCUGACAUCAGUCGGUAACUGAGUCUUUGUUUCUCUAAUGCUGUCAACAGUCAUGGAAGAACUUCUAUAUAAACAAAUCCCUUACAAUAGUAUUCUGCCAUUUCCGGUACUACGUUAUACACGUGUGCCCCCUGCUGGUUUGAAUUAAAACAGGAUUUGUCCUUCAGAGAGAGAGAAAUGCAUUUUAACCUGCUACAUUUCUAAGGCAAUUAAAAAAAUUGUUAAUAAAUAGUAACAGCAGAUCUAACUACAACUUCAGUGUAAAUAAAUAAAGUAGUGUAAAAAUAACAACAUUUUAUUUGAAUCUGAAUAACAAAUCAAACUUUUUUCCCUAAAAGUAGUUUAAUUUUUUUUAAUCUAAUUUCAUGAUUUUGAUACAAGUUGUAGGACGGUGAAUCAUAAUUUCUCAGAUAUAUCUCAGUUGAGGUGCAGGUGAAUAGACUGCAGAUGCAAGAAAGUAUUCCUGAUUCACAAGGUAAUGUGUGUUGUUUUGUUUGUUUGUUUUUGUUUUAGAAAAAAGUGCUUGUUUAAAUAUUUCUGAUCUCACAUGUACAUUAACACAGAUCCAAAUAAUCAGCAUUUAUUUAAAAAAGACCAAAUAAAGUUAUGUUUUCCUACACCCUUAAUAUACACAUCAAAGUGUGUUCCAAAAAAAUCAACCUGAGUCAAAGUGUUUAACCAAUGUGAAGUAGCCUUAGUAGCUUCACCCUUUCGCGUUACAGCACUAUACAGCUUCAUGUAAAAGGAUGUUGAUAUUUAUCUUGAGCUCCCCCGCCCCUCACCCCCUGUCAUUGGCUUCUCCCUUCUUUGUUGGUUUAAAGUUGUUGUGGGUAGGGUGCUGUAUUCCCAGUUGUUCUGAAAUGAGUGCAACUUGCAGCAUGCUUCCUUGCCAGGGCUUUAAAUGUGAUGUCAUGUAAUGUAGUAACUGAAGAACUUUACUGAUCACAUGACCACGAGAAGAUUACAGCUGACAGAGUAACUCCGCUCUUCUGCCCCUCCAUUCAUAUCAAGGAACUGUGGAAACAACGGAGCUUUUUUUUCCUUUCUUGGAAUUUUACACUUUUCAUAAACGUAGCGAAAUGCUGCACCUCUUAAGUUUCUGGCGCCACGUACAGUGUAUAUACAAAAACAGCUGCUUCAGUUAGUGGGCCUCUUCCUCGUCAUGCAACCAGUUCACUGUGUAUUGUCUUCCAGACGCUUUUCUACUGCUACUGGUUUGUUUUACAUGCAGUGAGAUGUACUAGAGUUACCUUGUUGCCCAAAUCUUUCCAAGAAAGAUCUUAAAGCAUUGUUCGUUUUUGGUUUAGUCAAGACUCGAUAAGGUACUUGCACACACUGCACUUUGUGCUACAGCAGAGAAUCAGGUCUUGUCUGCUAAACAAAACGCUUAAAUUAAGGCUGAGGAAUAUGAAAAAUAUUCAAGAACUAUUUUUGCAAUUUUUUUUUUUUUUUUGCUCAGCUGAGGAAAAUAAUAAGAAUAAAGAGAUAAAAGGAAAAAAAAUGCACCAUUCACACAGUUGUACAUAGUUUCAGCUCAUGCAAUUGGGGGUUUUGCAUUUCCUUUCAUAUUAGAGUUAAGGCAAUAACAGAUGUGUCAGGGUUGUUGAGUGAAUGUUCACAAGUUUAUUUCUAGAUAAUAUAAUUAAAGUAUUUACUAAGGAUAUCACAAACUUAAACCGGUGGUAGAUGUUUGUUUUUUGUUUUUUUGUUUGUUUGUUUUUUUGUCCCUGUUGACAGCCAGUGUUUUGAGGGAGUGUGGUCUAGUUACCUCAUUGAGUCUUACAUUUAUAACCAACUAACACUGGCAGAAAAUACACAUUUGUAUGUCCUGGCCCCUUUUGUGCUAUUAAACUGGACUGAUGUUGUGUAUAUUUUGUUCUCUACUGUUAUAAAAGUCUCAGUUCAACUAAACAGCUAUCAGUAUCAGUGUCUUUCAGCCUUAAGACAAUUUUACAUUAACAUUUUGAUCUACUACACCUUUUCAGACCAAGUAAAGUGUUUUGUUUUUAUUUAAUAGAUGCACAAACCAAAGUAGUCAAAACUCUGAUUUCUUUGUUGGUAUUUAUUUAUUCUCUCUUUUGGGAGCACUAACCCUCCUUCUAUCCAUGAUGUGUGACUGUGUCUGUGUGUUGGAAGACAAUAAAAAGAAAAAACUUGUAAGAUGAAGACAAACACUCCAAACUAGACUUUUUGUCAAUAAAGAGACAAAUAUGUGUGUGCCUGAGUCUCUGCAUUCUCACACUAGGUUUUGUAAAAUAAAUAAAUGGAAAUGGAAGUGCAAGUUCA